AGGUGGCACUGGCUGACACAAGUGAGUUGAUACAAAUGCUGGCAUAGAAGAUGCAGCCAGCAGAUGCCAGCUGUUGCCACGACUGCCAUCUUUCAUGCUCAAAAGUUCACUCAGUCAUUUUCCAGCAACUAGGCCCACGUCUCAAGGUUCUGAUACUUGGGAAGCAGCACAGAGCGUGUUGGGGGCUCCUGUGGGCCGAGUUCCCCAGGCACCUGGCUCUCUGGUGUCCCCCCCCCCAGAGCCUGUGUGAAGAGAACCCUAAGGAAUGGGGCGCUCUCCCCGCAAACCAUGCCGGGCCCAUCUGAGGGGCCCAUGAGCAAUAGAGAGGUGUGAAUGAGAAUGCCAGGGAGGGGCAGGACAGGAGCCAGGGGCACCCCUUCCAUUCACAAGUCUGGAGACACAGCGGGGAACACCUGAGGACCACCUGAGAAUCUGACACCAGAAGAUGGUCCUGGGAGACAAGGUCGAGGGUUCUACUCACAAACCAGGUCAACUUCCGGGACAAAAAGUGGAAUUUUUCUUUCUUUCCCUGAGAUCAACAGGGUGACGUUAUAUUGGGGAAAAAGGUACUCUGGGUGACUGGCUAGACGCCUGUGUCUGUGGCCCCGUCUGCCCCGCCCCCUGAAUACACCUCUGCUGGCUGAGGGUGACACAACCCUGUUCCCUGUCACUCUGUUCCCGCUUAUCUCUCCCGCCUUUUCGGCGCCACCACCUUCUUGGAAAUGAGUUAGGGCAAAGGGGUGGGGGCUCGGACCACCGCCUCCAGCAGGCCCCAUAAAAGCCACUGUAACUGCACCCCAGUCACCACGGCAAGUCCUAGACCCAAGAGCAGGUCAGACAGACAGACAGCACAAUGGCACUGAACACCCAGAUCCGAGCUGCCUGCCUCCUGUUCCUCCUCCUCUCCAGCCUGGCCACUACCUCCAGCCUCCAGCAACAGACAGGGCAACUCACGAGGCAGCCCGCAGAGCGCCACUCCCAGUACACAGCUGUGACUGAAGCCCACUUGACGCCGGUGAGCCAGAGGCUAAGGAGGCGAGACACCCACUUUCCCAUCUGCAUUUUCUGCUGCAAUUGCUGUACAAAUUCCGGGUGUGGAAUUUGCUGCAGGACCUAGAGUCUUCCUGUAGAGUCUUCCCGUCCUGAGCCCCUGGGCCUCCCUCCCUCCCUUAUUUAUUCCUGUUGCCCUCCAACCAUCGUCUU